AUGCCGACACCAACAGCGGUCCUGCAGGAGUCGCUCGAGCGGCAUAAUGGGGCAUUCGAGUCUCUCCUGAAGCUCAUCCCCGCGAAGUACUACCUGGUGGCAGAUGACGCCGACGAACAGAUGGCGUCGAAGUACAUGAAGAACAGCAAGAAGCAGAAGGCCCCCAAGCAGGCCAUCAAGGAUGCCUCGAAAAAGGCCAAGAAGCUGAAGCUCGACCCCGCAAACAACAAAACCGUGCUCGAGAUCCAGAGCGAGGCCCUCGCCGCACGCGAGGAGGGCGCCCAGCAGCCCGCGCGCGCCGCCACCAAGGGCAAGCGUAAAGCACCCCCAAGCGACGACGAGUCCGACUCCCCCAACGACGAGCCCAUGACCGAGGACGACCUCGACGACGAGGACGAGGGCGCAGGGGAGCCGAUGGACGAGGACGGGGCGCCCGUGCCGAUGCCAGAGAGCGGGGGCAUCCAAGCGCUGCGCGACAAGCUGCACGCGCGGAUGGCGCAGCUGCGGAACAAGGGCAAGGAGGGCUGGGCGGACAGCGGGUAUGGGGGGAAGCUCGGCGGCCGCGACGAGCUGCUCGAGGAGCGGCGGCAGCAGCGCGCGGCGAUGCGCGAGCGGCGGCGGAAGGAGACGCGCGAGAAGAUCGAGCGCGAGAAGGAGCGGAAGGGCAAGGGCAAGGCCGACAAGGGCAAGGCGAAGGAGCAGGAGAAGCAGAAGGGGACCCAGACGAAGACCCAGCUGCUCGUGCCCGACGACUCAACGGGUGUCUCGUCGAAUCAUGGUCCCAAGUUCACCUCCGUCACUUUCUCCGCGCUCGCGUCUGCCUCUGGGUCGUCUGCGCCCAAACACAAAAAGAACCUCCCGACGACCGCGUCCAACCCCACGCAGGCGCUGUCUCAGCUCAUGGCGCACAAGGAGAAGCUCGCUGCACUACCAGAACAGGAACGCGCCGCGCGAGCGGAACGCGAGAAGUGGGACAAGGCGAGCGCGCGCGUCGACGGUGUGAAGGUGCACGACGACGAGGGGCGGCUGAAGAAGGCGGUCAAGCGCAAGGAGAAGGGGAAGCUGAAGAGCAAGAAGGCCUGGGACGAGCGGAAAGAGCAGGUCGCGACGACGAUAGCUGCGCGACAGAAGAAGCGCACAGACAACAUCGCGGGGCGGGCGGAGCGCAGGAACGACAAGCGGAAAGGUGUCAAGACGAAGCCCAAGGACAAGGGCCGGCCAGGGUUCGAGGGCAAGUCCUUCGGGAAAGGCAAAGGGAAGGACAAGGGGAAGGACAAGGGAAAAGCUGGUGGGAAGAAGUAG